GGAUAAUAUUACCAGGAUAAGGGAAGUUGCAAAUCGACGCUUUUAAGAGUAAUUGAAGGAACUGCCCUACGCCACGUUCGAAUUUCGACGCCCGUCUAAAAAAAAACCAGAUUUUUAUCGUACUUUGAAAAAAAAAGUACAAAUAGGGGCGCUUCAGUCAAACUCUUCUUUUCAGAGAGGACAAACGCUUAAUCCUUUAUCGACGUUGUAUCAGCUAAACAGAUGGAAUAUACUUUGCAAGAGGACGAAUGAGGAUAUAAAGUUAAAAUUUAAAGAAUGACUCCUUCUUUGUAAAGUAACCGCCUGGGAAAGUAUAAAAUUUUUUAUUUUCAUUUAAACUAUGCAAAUGCGGAGCUUUCUUUCUUUUUUUUUUUAGCAAGUUACUUAAUUGUAAAAGUAAUGCCACAGUAUCUACAUUCUCUGCCUUUUGUCCUAAGAAUAAAAAGUAAACGAGUAAAUUAUUCAUAUAAUCUUUGUUCGUCAAAUAUUACUAUCUAACUUGAUUUAUUUAUUAACAAACGAUGCGUGCUUACAUGGUCUAUGUCUUAAUUUUUUAAUGACACGAUAGUAAAAAAACACGAACAGUUAUGUAGAGAUAAAAGAGCUUCGAAAGGCGGCGUCACUCGUCAAUAUUUGAUCGUUGUUCUUUUGAAGUCAAUUCAAAGUGGUGGCGCGUCUUUUGCUACAGGCUAUUUGCUAACGGUUACUAGCUUAUGAAGUCCCAGUGUCCGAUUUGUAAAUUGUUUUUCAGAAUUUAAGGAGAAAGAGUUUUCAUUUACAUGCCAAGUUUUAGUUCAUAUAUCAAUAUACAGUAUAUACAUAAAUUUUUAACUAUCGUUUCUAAUAUUCUCCUUUAUUCUACAAAAAUUUAUAGCCAUUUUAUACAUUUUGCAGAAACGGAAACAACCACGCAAUGCAGAUCAAGAAAAGAGAAUGAAUAUAUCGUUCAGAAUGCUUCGCUUUAUACCGAUACAUCAUUUCCUAGGACAAAUACCAUUUGUGUUUUUAGCGAUAACUAUUUUAGCAACACGUACAGGUUCGGCUAAACAACCUCGUCCACACCUCAGAGUGACAACCAUUUUAAAUCACCCUUAUGUGAUGCUCAAGCAUGGUUCAACUGAUGAAUAUAUAGGUUUCAUUCCUGACUUGUUGAGUAAAUUGGCAGAUAGGAUGAUGCUUGAUUAUACCUUAAAAGUUGCGCCAGACUCAAAAUAUGGUGUUAGAAAUCGAUUAACAGGGAAUUGGGACGGUAUGAUAGGACAAGUUUACCGUAAUGAAGCAGAUGUUGCUGCAUCUUCAAUUUUCUAUACAAAACAAAGGGACAAUUAUGUUGAUUUUACAAUACCAUUUUUAAAUGUUUCGGCAAGCAUAAUAUAUAAAAAGUCCGAAUACGCUCAAAAGAUAAGAAUAACUAAAGCCAGUGACCUAUUAAACCAAGACUUUUAUAAGUUUGGAACUUUGUCACGGGGACCAAUAAAAAUUGCUUUCAAACGGACCAAUAACUCCGUCUAUAGGGAUUUGUGGAGAAAAAUGGAUAGGUUUUAUCCCCAUGUAUUUUAUGCUACCAACGACGAUGCUUUACAGAGAGUUCGCAGCGAUCCACGUUAUGCUUUUAUCCUGCCGAAACCAAUAGCUGAUUAUAUAGUUGGUAGGAAACCUUGCGAGCUAUUACAAGCCGAUUCAUUUCUACUUAAUCAACGAUAUUGUCUGGUCUUGAAAGAGAACAGUACAUAUUUGUGGCGCUUUAAUUAUCAUUUGAAAGAAUUAACUAAAAAUGGUUUUCUAGCAUCGAUGUAUAGAAAAUGGUGGAUAAAUUCGGCCGAAUGUUCACACCAUACUGCAGGUGGCAGUAGUAGUUUCAGUGCUGAAGUUGGCAAUGGAACAGGAGUAUCAAAAUGUAGCUUGUACUUCAGAAAAGUCUUCAUUAUCCUUAUUUUACAUUUGUUUACUUUCCAUAUACAUAUAUGAAUUUUACUGCUUACUUAUUCUCAAAUUUAAUAAAAGCCAUUUCUUUUUGUCUAUGCUAUAGAUACUGCAAAUGAA